AUGGUCGUCUUCCGGUGGGAUCAUUCCGAAGAGAUUGAGGUGCAAUUCGACAAGGUGAUACAAUUCUUGCACGAUCCCCCUGUAAUGCUCAACACGGCCUCUCAUAUGGUAGAAGUAAGGCAGGAUUCGAACGACGCCUCUCUGUACCACAGUGAGGAGCGCGAGAUGCAGGGCUUCGCCGUUAUCGAAGUGCAGGCUGACGACGAUAACCAUCACGGCUCCUUGCUGUCCUUGCCCAUGCAGUCACCGAGCGACUGAACGCGUUUUCAACAGUCAAAUUCAGUGCUCACUUCGCGUACAGGGAUGACGGCAUGACCUCGCGCUGGAACGCCCCUAUGAAUGUCAACGCAGAGUCCCAAUGGAUCGUCAAGAGAGUCGACUCGGACAAGCCAGGUGCAGCGCCACGCAGUCUGCUUCGAGAGGUGGCAAAAGUACACGUCCCUUUCCUCUUCUACCACUACGUCAAGUACAAGUACGUCAAGAUCCACUCCAGGCUGCCAAAAUUAUUUGAAGCCGCAAUCGUGGAACGAGACGAGCAGUCGCAGACGUCAGGCCCAGCUCAAACUCGGAUCCAAGCUCAGGACUCAGUAGUUACGGAAUCCGCCCUCAAAGCUCCCGUGCAGGACGGUACAUAUCAAGCAGACGUCAGCGCACCCGGCACUGGAGCAGGACUCGACUCACCAGGACUCGACCCACAACAAACUUGA